AUGUCGACAUAUACUCGUCCAUAUCCGUACGCCAUCUUCACCCACUCGGUCGGCGCCAACGUGGCAGGUCACUCGCUCUUGUCCAAGCUCCGCGCCAUCGCAGACGCCGGCUUCGACGGCAUCGAGCUCUUCCAGGAUGACCUCGAUGCAUUCGCUUCCUCCGACGAAUUCCGUCGCAUCCAAGAGAUGGGAGAGGCCAGCACCGCAGCAUCGUCCUUGGCCCCGCUCAACCUCACCCCUCCCGACUCGCCCAUGAACAUCGACCGCCGCUACUCGGGCUCUUCGUCGGCGAGUCACUCGUCGGACGAUGCCAGCACCUCUUCCCUCCCAUUCAACAGACCGCUGCCCCAAGACAAGAAGCACUUUGCUGUCGCAGGCCUGGAUGAUGAUCUGCUCGUGCGCGAUGCUAGCAACGAGCUCGUGAUCGGACUCGAUGGCUUGCCCAUGACGUACAACGCCUUUGGCACCUGCACGGCCACCGCCUAUCGACAGGAGCUUGCCGCCGCUUCCUAUAUUGCUGCCUUUUGCGACACUCUCGGCCUCCGUAUCUACAGCCUUCAGCCACUCCGCGAUUUCGAGGGCUGGGCAAAGCAGCAAGACCAGUUGCUUGCCCUUCGCCGCGCCCGCUCGCGCUUCGAAGUCAUGCGCGCCCUUGGCGCUGACUUGCUGCUCAUCUGCUCCAAUAAUCAGCAUGCUCCUGUCACCGUAGGCGACGUCGAGCGCAUCGCGAUCGACCUUGCUCAGCUCGCCGACUUUGCGGACCGUUUUGGCUCCGUGCUUGUGCCUCUGCACAGCAACUCCGGUACCAUCGAGCGCCGAGCUAGGCCGAUCCGCAUCGGAUACGAGGCGCUUUCUUGGGGAGCGCACGUAGACGUUUGGUCCCGCGCCUGGCAAGCCGUCCGCCUAGCCGACAGAUACAACGUCGGCCUUAUCUUGGACUCUUUCAACACACUCGCCCGCGAGUUUGCCGAUCCAUGCACUCCCACAGGCAUCACCGACCGAUGCGACGACCCUUACAGCGAGGUCAUGCAGUCGAUCCGUGCCCUCAGAACGGUCCCAGCAGACAAGAUCUUCUUCCUCCAGAUCGGCGACGCUCGCAGGAUGAAGCAGCCCCUUGCACCGUCUCCCAACGCUGACGAGCCCAGGCCGGCACGCAUGAUCUGGUCUAGGGGCAACCGGCUCUUUCCGUGCGAAUACAAGCAGGGAGCCUUCCUGCCCGUCAGAGAGUUCGUCCACGCAGCCGUCAAGGAGGCGGGCUAUCAAGGCCCAUGGAGCAUCGAAGUCUUCAACAGUAGCUUGUCGGAUGAGGGCGAGACAGUGCCGACGUUGCACGCCCGCCGUGCGCGAGCUGGGCUCGAUCGUCUGGUCGAGGAAGUGGACGCUUGA